AUGUUCGAGACUGUCUGCAGCUUCCCGCUCAAGGCAGACCUCUUCUCCCAGGCAAUUCACCCCAAUGAGCCGAUUGUCUCGGUGGGUUUGUCCUCGGGUCAUGUCCAGACCUUUCGAUUGCCCUCUACCGUGGCCGACUCGGAUGACGACGAUGCUGCGUCCUCUGUCAAUGGGACAGGCCAUAUAGACACCAUCUGGUCGACGCGGAGACACAAGGGCAGCUGUAGGUGCUUAAGCUUUGGGAUUGGCGGAGAAACGCUUUAUUCAGCUGGCACGGACGGCAUUGUCAAGGCCGCCAAGGUCGAGACUGGGGUUGUCGAAAAUAAAAUUGCAAUUCCACUGGCGCAAUCAAAGUCGAAGGUCGAGAUUGAUUCUCCGUGCACAAUCCACGCACUGUCUCCGCAGAACUUGUUACUCGGCACAGACUCCGGCGCUCUACAUAUCUACGACCUUCGCAUACCUUACUCGUCGGUGUCUGCGCGUCCGGAACAGACAUUUCGUCCCCACAAUGACUAUAUUUCUUCUCUUACACCACUGCCACCGUCAGAGACCAGCACUUCGGGCUUCAGCAAACAGUGGGUGACCACCGGAGGCACGACGCUGACUGUUACCGACUUAAGGAAGGGUGUCAUUGCACGGAGUGAAGAUCAGGAAGAGGAAUUAGUGUCAUCUGUUUACAUUGGAGGCCUACCAUCAGCGGGUACUAGCGUUGGAGAGAAAAUCAUUGUUGGUGGUAGCACAGGCAUUUUGACACUAUGGGAGAAGGGGGUCUGGGAUGAUCAAGAUGAAAGAAUACACGUUGCGCGACAAGGGGGCGAAGGCGAAACUCUCGAUUCGUUGACGGUUGUCCCCGAUGACUUAGGCCAUGGGAAAAUGAUUGCUGUGGGCCAGUCCGACGGUCAGAUUGCCCUAGUUCGCAUCGGUUCAAACAAAGUUGUCUCCCGAAUCCAACAUGAUGAACUCGAUGGCGUUGCAAGUCUGGGCUUCGAUGUAGAAGGACGCAUGAUUAGUGGCGGUGGUCAGGUGGUCAAGGUCUGGCAUGAAGCUAAGGGUGCGGUGAACGGUGUGCUUGGAAAGCACAUGAUGGGCGAUAGUGAUGACAGCGAUGAUGAUGGUGAAAGCGAGGAUGGACAAGACAGCGCUGAUAGUGAGAAGGAGGAAAUUAGUAAGCAGCACAAGAAGAGGAAGCGAGGCAAGGGGAAGAACCGGAAUGGAGCACCACAUGUUCUAGCCUUUACAGACCUGGAUUAA